AUGAGCAAAAAUUUCUCCAUGAUGCCAAUGUCCAUCACUUCCUGCCCAUUCCUGCAGUGGGAAACACUUUCCGGACGCUACUAUCGCAUUCCUCAUGUAGAUCCCGUGCGGGCAAAGGCCGAGACUGCCGCCGACUUCCCCUCAGUCUUCCACGAGAUCACCUACGUGGCGACAACUACCGGCGCGUUCGACUCGCUCCAAGUUGCCCGUCGCUGCGAAGCGAUCAUCUAUCACCUGAGACGACUAUCUCCCAAGACAAAUAAAUCAACGAGUAACAUAUAUGUUCAAUUUGGGAAGUAUCACCGGAUCGCCGCCCUAUGCUAA